AUGGUGAAUUAUUACCAAGUACUAGGGGUGCCUCAAAAUGCUUCCUCCUCUGAUAUUAAGAAGGCUUAUCACCAGUUAGCUCUUCAGGUACACCCAGACAAGAACCCAGAAAACAAAAAAGCAGCUGAGGAGGAAUUCAAACAAGUAUCUGAGGCCUAUGAAGUUUUGUCUGAUGCCGAGAAACGCAACAACUAUGACAAGUCCAGAAGGAACCACAUCAGAAGGGAAAAUAGAGGAGACUGCAGAGACAAAAAUGAUUCGAAGGAGGAACUGGGGUUUGAGAGGCCACGUGGUGGCUUUCACAAUGUCUUUGAAGGUGAAGACCUCUUUUCGGGAGAUAGUUUCCGCACUGGCCAUGUGGGUAGAGCCAGGAGAUUCCACUCUUCGUUUUUUGAUGUGACCCCCAUUUUGGACACAGGAUUUUCCACUUUUGUAUCCUUGGGCUCCAGACCAGGUUCCCCGUCCUCUGAGAAAUUUGUCCCCUUUGUAAGCAGUGGAAUGGGAAACUUUAGACUGGUCACCACUUGUAGCCAGAUAGUGAAUGGCAAGAGAGUUGUUACAAAGAAAGUUCGAGAAAAUGUGAGAGAGAAGUUUGAAGGGAAAGAAGAAAGUCCCUUUCAUCAGCUUCCUCUGCGCCAUCGGUAAGGAGU